AUGAUCGUGCUGAUGUGGAAUAAGUGCUCCUGCUGUCUCCUCUUACUAGCCGCGGUCCUGAUCGUGGAGAGCUCCCAGCUAGACAGCUCCAGCUCCAAGGUGAACUCCAUCAAGUCCACCCUGAUGGGGGAGGCUCCAACUCAGGCAACCAACAGAUCUGCAGGCAUCCACCAGGGACUGAUGCUUGCUAGCAGUAAGAAGGGCAAAAUGCUAGAGCAGAUGGGAAAACCUCCCAAGCACUAUCACCGGCAAGGAGAGGCCUAUCCUUGUACUAAUGACAAGGAAUGUGAAGUUGGGCGAUACUGUCACAGUCCUCAUCAAGCAACGUCUGCAUGCAUGGUGUGCCGGAGGAAGAAGAAGCGCUGCCACAGAGAUGGCAUGUGCUGCCCUGGGAACCGCUGCAACAAUGGUAUUUGCAUACCAGUAACUGAAAGCAUCCUUACACCCCACAUCCCUGCUCUAGAAGGGCCACGCAACAAGAAGAAUGGUCAUUAUACUAGCAAAGAUUUGGGAUGGCACAACCUAGGGAGGCCGCGCUCCAAGCUGUCACACAUAAAAGGACACGAAGGCGAUCCCUGCCUACGGUCAUCAGACUGCAUAGAGGGACAUUGCUGUGCUCGCCAUUUCUGGACCAAAAUUUGCAAGCCUGUGUUGCAUCAGGGGGAGGUGUGCACCAAACAGCGCAAGAAAGGGUCCCACGGACUGGAGAUUUUCCAACGAUGUGACUGUGCCAAGGGGCUGUCAUGUAAAGUAUGGAAAGAUGCGACCUCCUCUUCUAAAUCAAGACUUCAUGUGUGCCAGAAAAUCUGAAUGAGGAUUGGGAAGACAGUAAUAAGUGAUUGUGGCUUUAUGUGUUUAAUGCAUUAUGGCAUGGUGGAAAAAGAGGACUGCAAAUGGAAGUGGAAUGGCUAAAGUAGAAUAAGAGUAAAAGUCACAGCAAAUGCAUUUCUUUUCGAGCUGGUGGUAGACGCAAGUGUAGCUGGAUUUCAUCUCCUGUCCAGUUCUUCUGUAAAUAACUUCUACAGUUUGUGGGAAAUGCUAGUAUGCAAACAAGUAGAGUGGAAAUGAAUGUCACUUACCUUGCUGUAUUGUCCCGUGAUGUUUCAGGAGUUCAGUGUUAGGGCUAGAGUGGGUUUCCAGUGUGGUAAUGACUGCUAAAUGAAUUGUAUACAUUGUACUCCAUAGGAAGCAGGGCAUGCCAGGAACACUCAUCCGUCAACACGUGAUUAGGCACAUUGCAGGUGUAAGAAAUUGAAAUAAAGUUACUGUGAAUGUCCACAUGCCCUUGUCAUUCAGGGCUGACACUUCAGCAGAGAAAGCACUCCUGCAGGACAAGAGUGCUAUGUUUUGCAUGCCCUUAUGAAGGAGGUAAAAACUUGCCACCUCAAAAUUUCAAGAAAGUAGCAGUUUCUCUAAGAGGAGGCAUUUAAACGGGGUUUUGUUUCCUAUACAUGGAAACAAAAAUUGAAACUCUUUAUGUAGUUCAAUGUCAUAGUAUGACACUUAAUCACUUGUAUUUGCCUCAGUUUACUGCUAAUACACAUUGGGUUGAACAGAUGAAGAUAAUAUGUGUGCAUGCUGAAUCCAGAAUUAUAUAUAGGCAGUUCCUCAUUAGUCCUAAAUAUACUUUCCUUGCCUAAGCAUUCUUGCAUUAUAGACAUUUCCAAAGGAAAUAGCAGAGUGUUGAAGUGCCUAACACGAAGAGCUAUGAAGUUCUGUCUUGUUGCUGUUAUAAUAGAUGAUACAGACAUUUGUUGAGGUGUUCAGAGCAUACUGCUACAAACUCAAAUUUUUACAUUUUAUUAGUAGCAACAGGCUACUGAUGGCACUCUGCAGCAGUAUAAUGGAUUUGUUCUUAGAGACAGCAAAGAAAAUGGCGCUGGGUCUUGUGAACAUCUCCUCUCCUGCAGAAAAGGAAGUAAGAAGAAGGUAUGAUCACAAAUGACUUGCUAAACAUCAUGUGAUGUCACAGCAUACCAGCCUCCAGCAUGUAUUCAGCCUGAACUUGAUGUCCUCUCAUUCUGGAGUGUUCUGCCAGGAAUGAUGGAAGUACAUAGACUGUAGAAACAGCUGCCAACCCUAUAUUGUUUGUGUACUGCUUAAAAAAUGACAGCCUCUGUCCCUUGCCUUGUCUCCCAGGUCUUUUCAAACCUUUUUAGUUUUACUUAUUUGCAAGUAUUCCUUUGUAUAGACUUUCGUUAAGAGAACAAUAUUACUUUAAAGAAGCCUGAAUCUGUAAUUGAUCUACUGCUAAGUUGUAAUUAUCCAUUUAUAAUUAUCCAUUUUCAUAUUCUGUAAUACAACGGACUUUUCUGUUUAUUCAGUUCUGAACAAUAUGGGUAGACCAGUAUGCAGUUUAACUUUGAAAACCAUGUCACCAUUACCUGAUAUCUUUUGGCACCAGUGGGAUGCUUUAAAGCUAUAGCUUAGCUGCACCACCAGAUUCAACCUUCCUAAUUAGAACACAGACCUCAGCUACAUUGCCCUUAUCUUCCAUAAGAGUCUGAAUAAGAAGAGUAUUUCACACACCACUUUCCCUACUGGAGUUAGUUUUUAUUGACCUAGAGGGAUGUUCAGAGACAGGGGCUUCUGUUUUUUAAGUCUCAGUCAGAGCUUUAUCUUGGAGUCCUAUCAUUGCAACUUUGCUUCUUUUGGAGUUUUUUCGAUGUAACUGGAACAGGAAUAAGGCUCAGAAAUUUCAAGAUACUAAAAAAGUCCAGGAACCAAUUUUACAAGUUUUAUUUACACUGACACAGCACAUACUCAGCAGAGGAAUUUUAGAGCUCUCAUAUUCACUACAUAUAAAAGAAAAUGAAACCCAGUCUGAGCAGGGGGGUUCCAGAAACGGGGUCUCAGAAAUUUUUAGCUCUUUCUAUCAUUGGCCUAUCCCUAUUUUGCUCUUGCAGAACAUAGUUAUUUGGGAUAAUUUAUUUACAGGAAAUGUUUAAUGAGAUGUAUUUUCUUAUAGAGAUAUUUCUUACACAAAGCUUUGUAGCAAAAUAUAUUUGCAGCCUGUUGACUUUAAUGUAGAAAAAUGUAUAAUAAGAUUAAAUAUAUUAAAUGUUCUUUCCCAUUCCUCCCCAAAUAUUUUACCCAUGUUCUUUUCCUUUCCUGCUGCUUAAAAAGAACAGUUCUUUCUGGAAAAACAUGCAAAUCAGUUGAAAAAAAAAACCCCAUAUAUUUUAGCUAUAGGAGUAAAAGCAUCUGAUUGUUCUUGUGUCUCAGAGCACUAUAUGGGCUGGGUUUUGGUAAAACACAUGAAGGUGAUCUUAAAAAUCCUUUUUCAUAGUUUCUACAAAACUGGCUUAAGUGACAACGGGGGUCAGUUUACACCAAACACUCAAGAAUAUGUUUUGAAAAUAAUGCACCUGUUUGCAUAAUGUAAAAUCAACCAGGUUAAAUAGGAAAGAUGUCAAGACAUGUUUCCUGGAUAGUGAUACAUACCAGAGGGAUUCAUGACAGAUAAAGGUAAUAUUCAAGUUACACAGCAUUUUGCUAUAGGCUACAUACAGCAUGCAAAUGUGCUGCUGCAAAAUUUAUAACUGUCAAUUCUGAAAUGGCAAAUUACAGCAUUCAACUCUAAUAACAUGAAACAAUCCAUGUGACACAACUGAAAAUACUGUUACUAAAACCAUCCAAGUUUUGAUCCCAGGAAAACUCCUGCAGAGUGCAAUAAAUAUUGCAAAAUAAUGGUUGUGGUUAUUGAGCAAUUGUCUUGAUAUCUUUGUUACUUAUUUCUGGUAACCCUUUACUCAAACAGAUGCACAUUUGGAGGAUGGAAUGGUCUCCUAAUCACACUAGUGUUUCUAUAAAAUGAAAAGUUUUAGCUACUGUUAUUUGCAAUAUUUGAUGGGUAGGCCUUUGAAAAUUCUAACACUUAGUAUGAACAUAAUAAGGUUGUGAGCAUUUUCAGAGCCCAGUGACUUCAACAGAGACUGCCAAAGCCUUCAGAGAUUUAAUCUGAGAACAAAAACAAUAGGCACAGGCAGUUCCUUGCACACCACAAAUACUGAGCCACAUAGCUGAACUGAGUAGCAUACAAGCAGUUUUGUAAGACUGAAGUUUGAUUGUUUAGAAGCCAUUCAGUUACUGUUUUGUGAAAAUAUACAUCAGUUUGAGAAUAAAAGAGCAGCUAAAUUUGGGGAUAAUUGCUCUCACUCACUAUGUCACUCAUCACAGGAAUUAAGAAUGACUUUGGCUCAGUAACAUUUCAGAAAUCUGCUGUCAUGACACAAGAACAGAAGAUGUUGUUGCUGAACAAUUAAAAUACUUUUCCUAUUAGCCUAGAAUAGCCUCAGCAAUGCAACAUCUCUUUGGAAAUACUUAUUAGCUUUCCUAAAAAUAAUGGAUUUCUACUCUAUAACAGCGUAUAUUUGAUUUACAGUAUAAAGUGGGCAUGUAUCUAUUACUGUUCUAUUUGCUUUGUCUCAUAUUGUUUGCGACCUACAGUAUUUAUGACUUUUAAUAUUUUUUAAUGAAAACAAUUAAAAUUGAUUUAUCUGCUUACUUCUAUACAAUACUUUUAACAUCUAACAUCUGAUAGCAUCUGACACCUAAACAACAAUUCACCGGAAUUCAAGCCAUCUUCUGCAUAUUCUGAUUUUCCUGCUCAUUAUCUUAACAACAGCAGGAAAGCUCUCAUCAAACACCAUAAAGUAUCUUAGGCAGAGGCUGAGAAAAGACAUUCCUGAACUGCUCCUUGUCACCAACCUCUCUGCUUUUGCUUGAGAGCUUUGCAUCAUCACCCCCACUUGGAAAAGUAAAUGCUAUCAAAGAAAAUUUGUGUUUCUCAUCCCUUCCAGUUUCCUUUCCUUCUAGGAAACCCAUUUAAAAAAGAUAUCCUGAAGGUCGAAGCCAGCAGAAACUCAUAAAACAGAGACUCUAAGCUGAGGCUUUAGGAGUCUUAAGAUCAAUCCUCUAAAUUUCAAAAACUUAAAUGCUAAGAGAGUUAUGUAAUAUCAAGACCACAUUUACAAAAAACAAAGAAACCUAGUUCUUUGGAAUGUCAGUCACGUGCUGAAAAUAACUGUCCGCAGUGGGGAAGAAAAAACAAACUCUUCCUCCUCACCCAAGCAACCUAGUCUGUAAUCCCUGACAAACUGAAUGCAGUUGGUUUGGGCUUCUUUUGCACUAGGCACAGUUUCACUGCACAAAAAGGCAUCAUUAAUUUUGUUUUUACAUCACAGUAAUAAUAAAGUUAUGGUUUCUUACCUA